AGAUCAAUGGUGGAAAAAUGUUUCAAUCUAUACAAUUGCUAAAAUGCAAUAGUGAUGGUAGCAGCUAUAUAUCAUAUGAAGCUGUAGAUAUCUUAAAAUCCUAUAGCAAUAGAAAAUGUCUUCUAAUUGGAGCAAUGGGUCUUUUUAGAAAAGGUAAAUCAUUUCUUAUGAAUCUUCUUUAUCAGAGCAAUAAUCAAGGUAGUUAUGUUGAAAAUGUAUUUCAAGUGGGAUUUGGUGAUGAAUCUGUUACAAAAGGAAUAUUUAUGACAAAAAAACCUAUGGUUAGAACUAUUUCUGGUCAAAGAAUUUAUAUAUUUUUCUUAGAUUCACAAGGACUGUUUAGUUCCGAUUUGGUCAGGGGUGACAAUUUAAUAGUUUCAUUUCUAUUUUCAUUAUGCCCGAUUGUAAUUUACAAUGCUGAUAGAAGGUUGACUGAGCAAGAUAUUAAUAGCAUAAAGUUUAACAUUUAUUUGGGUGUUGUUGAUAAUGAAGGAUUUGAAAAAACUCAGGACAAUACUAUUAUAUUUGUUCUGAGGAACAGACCACCGCAGAGGAAUGCAACAUUUGGAAAAUUUGAUAAAAGAUUAAAAGAUUCAUUCAUGACAGGGAGUGAAAGUAUUUCUCAACUUUCAAAAUUAUUUGGAAAAUAUGAAUUUUCUCCUUUCCCUCAUCCAGCUGCUUAUCAUUGUUCCAAAGAUAUUGGAUUGGAAUUUAUUAUGGCUAAAGACAAUUUAAUGAAAGAGCUGGAUUCACUUUUCAAUAAUUAUGCUAAUGAUGCAAUAUCUGGGAGGGGCAUUUAUAAAAAUAUUAUCCAUUGUUACAAUUCUCUAAUGGCCAAUGAUUUUAUUAUAAAUGAAAAAUCAAAAGACCAACUUUUGCAAUUAGUUCACUGCCAAGAAGAACUUCAGUCAGUUUUUUAUGAUUUUAAUUACUCGCUAGACAAAGUCUUCAAUUUGAAAUACAAUUACACUGAACUAAAGAAGGUGAACAAAGUAAAACACGUUUUAUUAGCCGAGUAUGAAAAUUAUGUUAACAUAAAUGUUUUUAAUAAAAGUCACCUAACUGAACUGGAACUUUCUCCUCUGCGCAAAAAGUGUAAUGAGAAACUUGACAGUCUAUUUUCAAUUAGGUACAAAGCAUUUGUCAAAAUGGUUGAGAGGGCUGAAGAACAGGAAAGAAAAAGAAUUCAGUUACUUGAGGAAAGAAGACAAUGGGAAGAAGAGCAACAGAGACUCUGGAGAGAAGAGCGCAGAAAAGAGCAAGAAAGGAUGGAAUUUCUCAGACAGGCACAAUUAGAAAUUGAGAGGGCUGAGAGGCAAAGGAGUUUAGAAAUUAGGAACGCCAUUAGACGACGUAAUGAACUUAGAGAAAAGCAACGACUUCAAGAAUUAGAUGCGCAACUAAAAUUAGAAUAUUUAAAAAGGAAACAAGAAGAAGAAAGGGAAAGAUUGUUAGAAGAAAUUGAAGCUAUGGAGGAAAGAGAGAGAAUCAGAAUAAGAAGGAGAGAGGAGCUUGAAGAGGAAAGAUGCUAUAAUGGAAAAACAAAAAAAUCAAAACGUUGUGCAAUACAAUAA